AUGGUCUCCUCCAAACGCACCGACGUCCGAUGCCAGAUCUGCGGUGUCAGCGGCAAUGUUGGUCGCAUGCGGCUGGCGAGUGAGCCUCCACAGGCAGCAUCGCGACGCAUGCGCCAGGGCAUCCCCCUCAGCAACGAUACCGACUGUGUUGGUUGCUUUGUGGUGACUGACGAUGGUACCGAGGAUGAAGAUGAUGCCGCAGACGUGUCAUUUGUCCCAGUCAAAGUGGAGGAUGAUGCCAAGGACGACAAGUAUGAAUACACGCCGGCAUCUUCUGGUGUGACUAGCGAUGACUGCUUUGAGGACAUGUCCGAAGACGACGAUGAUUACAACGAGGACGACGAUGGCGAUGAUAGCGAAACCGAAGUCGGCGCAAGUGACCACUCGUACAAGAAAUUUCUUCAGGGAUUCAAGGCAGACAAUGGAAAUCGCAUCGUACCUCUCACUGAGGAGUACAAGGAACGAGACCCGACAUGGUGCAGCCGCGAGCACAUCGCUGGCCCCAACUGUGUCUUACGAAAUGCGUACUCUGGACAAAACAUCACCGCCGAAGAGCUCCGGGGCUGCAACACGUUCCAACUGCUGUGUCCCAAGCCCAGCGACUGGCAGCCAGAAGAGGGAGAUGACGAGUUUGAGCUAGACGACCAGUGCUCCAGCUAUCUGUCCGGGUUGCGCGACCAUCUCGACACCACGACCAACGCCGUCACCAUCUUUGCGCCGAUGCGCCACACGCAGGAACAAUUCAAGGUGUACAACUGGGUGAGUUCGGCCAGCGACCGCCGCCUCGCUGCCGUGCCGUUCCACCCUGCCUGCUUCGAGGUCUUCAAGCGCGCCUCGAUCAAGCGGUGCAAUACGGUCGACGUCGAGGGCCUGGUGGGCUGGUACCGCGUGGAAUCGACGUACCACUAUACGGAUAAAAUCUUUCCACACGAAGACGCGGUCCGUCGCGCGACACGUGAGCAGGUCUGGGACCAUGUAGCAGGCGAUGAGUGGAUUGCCGCGAACCCGUGUUUUGUGCCGGCGCUGCGGGAGGAGAUGCAACAACUGGCCACGGACGAGGCUUUUGCGGUUCCUCCAUCGGGCGAGGCAGAUAUCGACGGCAUCUCGCAUAUGAACCUCUCCUCACAGGCAUCCACCAACCUCCCGCAGUCCCUGUACUUUGGCCACGUCAGCCACGAGAUGCCCUGGAUCUGGGAAGCAUGGUGCGCGCGCCCGUACGCGGGCUGGGUGACACGCUCGCAGUCGGACAUUGCCCCGGAUGCGCUGGCCGUCAGCCACCACCGCGAGUAUCUGAACAAUUGGAUCCGGGCCAUUGAGGACGACGGCGAGUCCUCGGCGCAAAAGCGUGCCCAGCUGCGGGACCUGCGCGCCCAGAUGAAGCAACUCGAGGCACAGAACGCCUAUAUCCCGGAACCGGUGCCGGUGACGCUGCUCCCCCGCCACGGCACCGACUGGCGGAAGCUGUACUUUGCGCUACAGACGAUGAGCAACACCUCGCACGGGCUACGCAACAGGGAGCGCAUCUGGCGCUGCUGCAACUAUAUCCUGGAUCGCAUCGCGCUGCAGCGGGGCAAGGGAAAGAUUGGCGCGAAUAAUCAUGUGCGGCUUCCGAGGGAACGACAUGGCAAAAUGGGCAUACAUGAUAUCAGGGGCUUGAAUUUCGCGGAUGACUACUCAGAGAGUGAGGCUGAGUUCUCGGACGACAAUAAGGAGGAUAUGGAGAUGGGAGAUGAUUGA